ACGGACUCGUUCACAGUGCUGGAGCUUGAGAUUCACCAUCCACUCAUGCAACCACAAGCACAGAGAGGCAUUGGCGCUCCGAAGGGAAAAACGCGUUUACUUUUUAAUUUUUCUUUUUAAUUUUGGCACGGCAUGAGCUGAACGAAACCGGCGGCUGGCUGCAUUGCUUUUCGGACGUGUGGACGAUUCUGGUGGCAUGGUGUGGUGAACCAACGAGAGACCCCAGCCAGCAAAGAGAGACAGAGGUUUCACUGUGCAUCAUGUUUGAAUGCCGAUAAUCAAUUAGAAACAUACAUGACGGUGCCACUGCAUUGACUAUAGCCUUACCGGGCUGUAGCAAGUCUCCCUUUUCUGCUGAAGCCCGUCUGAAGCGGCCACGGUGCGGGGCUGAGGGUGCAACUGAACGGACAAUCGCACCCGGACCAUUGAAGGGGUUCGGAUGAGGUGGUCGAUCGGGUUGUUAGGCUUCAGAAAUCCAGCCAACUUUUCCUCUUUUCCUUUCUAACAGCAGUGCCACCGAGCAUUGCUCUGGAGAUGGCGAUGAGGUGGUUCUACUUGGGAUUUAUACUCAGCUUGGAGAUCACCUCUCCUAACGGUGCAACCGUAGCCCCCAAAACAGACAUCCAGCCCAAGACCUGCAGCUCCAAGCAGUUUGUAUGUAAGGACCAGGUGACCUGUAUCUCCAAAGGCUGGCGCUGUGAUGGGGAGAAGGACUGCCCAGAUGGCUCGGACGAAUCGCCAGAUAUCUGCUCACACAACAGGGUGAACCAGUGUCCUGUGAAUGAACAUGGCUGCCUAGACGUGGAUGUUUGUAUCCAUAUGAGCAAACUGUGUGAUGGCGUCCCUGACUGUAGCGAAGGCUGGGAUGAGGGUCCUCACUGCAGAGAACAUGCACCAGGCUGUGAGGCCCUUGAGUGCCAGUAUCUCUGCGCUGUGACCCACGAUGGGCCUAAAUGCUACUGUAGAAACGGCUAUGAGGUUGCUGCAGAUGGGAAGACGUGUAAAGAUUUCAAUGAGUGCAGUGUUUAUGGUACGUGCAGUCAGACGUGCACAAACACAGAGGGCUCCUACACCUGCAGCUGUGUGGAGGGCUACCUGCUACAGCCAGACAACCGCUCCUGCAAAGCCAAAAAUGAGCCGGUGGAUCGUCUACCUAUGCUGUUAAUUGCCAACCUCCAUGACAUCCGCUGCACCACACUAGGUGGCUCCACCUCCAGGCUGCCCUCCAUCCCUACGAAACAGACCAUGGCCAUGGACUUUAUCUACGCCCAGGAGACGGUUUGUUGGAUUGAUGUGGGUGACACCCCGGCUGCCACCCAGCUGAAAUGCGCCAGCAUCCCCGACCUCAAGCCCGUCACUAACGUCCGCACCAUCAACAUCUCCCUCAGCCUGCACCAUGUUGAGCAGAUGGCAAUUGACUGGCUGACCGGAAACUUCUACUUUGUGGACGACGUGGAUGACCGAGUGUUUGUCUGCAACAAGAAUGGACAGACAUGUGUGACCCUGCUGGACCAGGAACUGUAUAACCCCAAAGGCAUCGCCUUGGACCCAGCCAUGGGCAAAGUGUUCUUCACAGAUUAUGGUUCUACUCCAAGGGUGGAACGCUGUGACAUGGAUGGUCAGAACCGCACAAAGCUCGUGGACAGCAAGAUUGUCUUCCCUCAUGGUAUCACGCUAGACCUCGUCAACCGGUUGGUGUUCUGGGCUGAUGCCUACCUGGACUACAUUGAAGUUGUUGAUUAUGAGGGCAAGAACCGCCACACCAUCAUCCAGGGCCUACUGAUUGAGCACCUUUAUGGGCUUACUGUUUUUGAGAACUACCUGUAUGCCACCAACUCAGACGAAGGCAACCUAAACCCUAAGACCAGUGUGAUCAGAGUCAACCGCUUCAACAACUCCGACUUCCAGGUGGUGACACGAGUGGACAGAGGAGCAGCUCUGCAUGUUUACCAUCAGAGGCGCCAACCUCAAGUGCGCAGCCAUGCUUGUGCCUUGGAUCAGUUCGGCAAAGCUGGAGGCUGCUCUGAUAUCUGUCUGCUGAGCAACAGCCACAAGACCCGUACCUGUCGCUGUCGUUCUGGAUUCAGCCUCGGCAGUGAUGGAAAGUCCUGCAAAAAACCAGACCAUGAACUGUUCUUGGUAUAUGGUAAGGGCCAUCCUGGAAUCAUCAGGGGCAUGGACAUGAAUGCUAAGGUUCCUGAUGAGUAUAUGAUUCCCAUUGAGAACCUAAUGAACCCCAGGGCUCUGGAUUUCCAUGCUGCCAGUGAAUUCGUCUACUUUGCAGAUGCCACAAGCUACAUUAUCGGCCGACAGAAGAUAGAUGGCACAGAGAGAGACACCAUACUAAAGGAAGGUAUACACACAGUAGAAGGGAUAGCAGUGGACUGGAUGGGAAGUAAUCUUUACUGGACAGAUGAUGGACCAAAGAAAACUAUCAGUGUUGCCAGGCUGGAGAAGGCCUCACAGACCCGAAAGACUCUCAUUGAGGGCAAGAUGAGCCACCCACGUGCGAUUGUAGUUGACCCCCAGCAUGGAUGGAUGUACUGGACUGACUGGGAGGAGAAUCCCACUGAGAGCAACAGAGGGAAGAUCAAGAAAGCUUGGAUGGAUGGUUCCCAUCAUCAGGUUCUCCUCACCAGCAAGACAGUGCUGUGGCCUAAUGGCUUGAGUCUUGACAUCCCCCAGGGUAUUCUGUACUGGGUGGAUGCUUACUUUGACCGCAUUGAAAUGGUUUACCUCAACAUCACAGAGCGAAGGGUAGUGUAUGAGGGGCAGGAACUUAACCAUGCUUUUGGCUUAUGCCAUUACAAACAAUUUCUGUUUUGGAAUGAGUGCCAUGGUGGUGGCAUUUACAAACUGGAUCAGGUCACAAAGACGGUCACCCUACUCCGCAAUGAGAGGCCACCAAUCUUUGAGAUCAGAGUGUAUGAUGCACACCAGCAGCAAGGCACCAAUCUGUGUCGAGUCCACAAUGGUGGCUGCAGUAGCUUGUGUCUUGCUAUUCCUGAUGGCAGGUCCUGUGGCUGUGCCGAUGAUCAGAUCCUAGAUGCCGAUAAUGUCACCUGCAGAGCCAACCCCUACUAUGUGCCCCCAGCCCAGUGCCAGCCUGGGGAGUUCGCCUGUAGAAAUGACCGCUGCAUCCAAGAGCGCUGGAAGUGUGAUGGGGACAAUGAUUGUCUGGACAACAGCGAUGAGGCCCCAGAACUCUGCCACCAACACACCUGCCCAGCGGACAGAUUCAAAUGCCAGAACAACCGCUGUAUCCCCCUCCGCUGGCUGUGUGAUGGAGAUAAUGACUGUGGCAACGAUGAAGACGAAUCUAACACCACCUGUUCUGCUCGCACAUGUCCACCAAACCAGUAUCCUUGUGCCAGUGGGCGCUGCAUCCCUAUCUCCUGGACAUGUGACCUUGAUGAUGACUGUGGAGACCGUUCAGAUGAACCAGACUCUUGUGCCUACCCAACAUGCUUCCCUCUGACUCAGUUCACCUGCGCAAAUGGCCGCUGCAUCAACAUCAACUGGCGGUGUGACAAUGACAAUGACUGUGGAGACAACAGCGACGAAGCCGGCUGCAGUCAUUCCUGCUCCAGUGUCCAGUUUAAAUGCAACAGUGGCCGCUGCAUCCCGGAAUACUGGACUUGUGAUGGCGACAACGACUGUGGAGACUACAGUGACGAGACUCAUGCGAACUGUACAAACCAGGCUACCCGUCCUCCAGGUGGUUGCCAUGUUGAUGAAUUCCAGUGCAGGAUGGACGGCCUGUGCAUCCCCAUGCGCUGGCGCUGUGACGGGGACACAGACUGCAUGGAUCUGAGUGAUGAGAGCAACUGUGAGGGUGUGACCCACAUGUGUGACCCAGCGGUCAAGUUUAGCUGCAGGGAUUCUGCUCGCUGCAUCAGCAAGGCUUGGGUGUGUGAUGGUGACAGCGACUGUGAAGAUAACUCUGAUGAAGACAACUGUGAGGCGUUGGUGUGCAAGUUGUCUCACCACAUGUGCGCCACAAACGACUCCAUCUGCCUUCCUGCUGAGAAGCUUUGUGACGGCACUGAUGAUUGUCCUGAUGGCUCUGAUGAGAAACUUUGUGACUUGUGUGCAUUGGACAAUGGUGGCUGUAGCCAUAACUGCAGCAUCAUCCCAGGGGAGGGCUUCAUGUGUUCUUGUCCACUUGGCAUGGAGCUAGGAGCCGACAACAAGACCUGCCAGAUCCAGAGCUUCUGUGCCAAACACCUCAAGUGUAGCCAGAAGUGCGAGCAGGAGAAAUCCAGUGUCAAGUGCUCCUGCUACGAGGGCUGGGAACUGGAGUCUGACAUGGAAAGCUGCAAAAGCUCUGAUCCCUUCAAGCCUUUCAUCAUCUUUUCCAACCGUCAUGAAAUCAGAAGGAUCGACCUUCACAAGGGGGAGUUUAGUGUGCUUGUACCAGGUCUGAGGAACACCAUUGCUUUGGACUUCCAUUUCAACCAGAGCGCCCUGUAUUGGACUGAUGUUGUGGAGGACAAGAUCUACCGUGGAAAACUGUCUGAAAAUGGAGCCCUGACUAGUUUUGAAGUGGUGAUCCAGUACGGGCUGGCUACUCCAGAGGGUCUGGCUGUGGACUGGAUAGCGGGAAACAUUUACUGGGUUGAGAGCAAUCUUGACCAGAUAGAGGUGGCAAAACUAGAUGGGACCAUGAGAACCACCCUGCUUGCUGGGGAGGUGGAGCAUCCAAGGGCCAUUGCAUUGGACCCCCGAGAUGGUAUUCUAUUUUGGACGGACUGGGAUGCGAGUCUGCCCAGAAUUGAGGCAGCAUCUAUGAGUGGUGAAGGCAGACGCACUAUCCAUAGGGAAACGGGCAGUGGUGGCUGGCCCAACGGCCUCACUGUGGACUACAUGGAGAGACGUAUUGUCUGGAUUGAUGCCAGAUCCGAUGCCAUCUACUCUGCCAUGUACGACGGUUCAGGGCUGAUUGAAGUGCUGAGGGGUCACGAGUACUUGUCCCACCCUUUCGCUGUCACCAUGUAUGGAGGCGAAGUCUACUGGACUGACUGGAGGACCAAUACUCUUGCCAAAGCCAACAAGUGGACAGGACACAAUGUGACUGUAGUCCAGCGCACUAACACACAACCCUUUGACCUACAGGUCUAUCACCCAUCAAGACAACCCCAGGCUCCCAACCCAUGUGUCACCAGUGAUGGUAGUAGCCCGUGCUCCCACCUCUGUCUUAUAAACUUCAACCAGACCUUCUCCUGUGCCUGCCCUCACCUCAUGAAGCUAGAGUCUGACAAACGCACCUGCAAAGAGUCCCGCAAGUUCCUUCUCUAUGCUCGUCAGAUUGAGAUCCGGGGUGUGGACAUUGACAACCCAUACUACAAUUAUAUAAUCUCCUUCACUGUGCCGGAUAUUGACAAUGUGACAGUGGUAGACUAUGAUGCUGUGGAGCAUCGCAUCUACUGGUCAGAUGUCCGAACACAGACGAUCAAAAGAGCUUUCAUUAAUGGCACUGGAGUGGAGACUGUUGUGUCUGCUGACCUUCCCAAUGCUCAUGGCCUAGCAGUUGACUGGGUGUCGAGAAACCUUUUCUGGACCAGCUACGAUGCCAAUAAAAAGCAGAUCAAUGUGGCCAGACUGGAUGGAUCCUUCAAGAAUGCUGUAAUCCAGGGAUUAGACAAGCCUCACUGUCUGGUGGCACAUCCUCUGUUGGGGAAGCUUUACUGGACUGAUGGUGACAACAUAAGCGUGGCUAAUAUGGAUGGCAGCAACCACACCACGCUUUUCACCGAUCAGAAGGGGCCAGUAGGCCUUUCCAUUGACUAUGAAAAUGAGCAGCUGUACUGGAUCAGCUCAGGUAAUGGCACCAUUAAACGCUGUCAACUGGAUGGAACCAAACUGGAGAUCCUGGAAGGCGCUAAAGGCAAACUUACCAAGGCUACAGCCCUGGCCAUUAUGGGAGAUAAGCUAUGGUGGGCAGACCAAGGAACUGACCAGAUAGGAGCAUGUGACAAGAAAGAUGGAGGAAACUGGAAGAUUUUGCGGAACAACACCUCCCCUAUGAUGCACAUGAGGAUCUAUGAUGAGGAUGUGCAGAAAGCUGGUAUCAACCUGUGCAGUAACAACAAUGGAGACUGUUCUCAGCUGUGUCUGCCCACCUCACCGACAACCAGAGCCUGCAUGUGCACUGCUGGAUACAGCCUCAAGACAGGACAGCAGUCUUGUGAAGGUAUGGGCUCUUUCCUGUUGUACUCUGUUCAUGAGGGAAUCAGAGGAAUUCCACUUGAUCCAGCUGACAAAUCUGACGCCUUGGUUCCUGUGUCUGGCACUUCGCUGGCUGUUGGCAUUGACUUCCAUGCUGAAAAUGACACCAUCUACUGGGUGGACAUGGGCCUGAGCACCAUCAGCAGGGCCAAGAGAGACCAGACAUGGAGGGAAGAUGUGGUCACCAAUGGGAUUGGCAGGGUGGAGGGCAUAACUGUUGACUGGAUAGCAGGAAACAUUUACUGGACUGACCAGGGCUUUGAUGUGAUUGAAGUUGCCAGGCUAAAUGGAUCCUUUCGCUAUGUAGUCAUUUCCCAGGGCCUGGACAAGCCCAGAGCCAUCACUGUCCACCCUGUCAAAGGGUAUCUGUUCUGGACUGAGUGGGGACAGUACCCACGUAUUGAGCGGUCUCGCCUGGAUGGCACGCAGAGGUUGGUCCUGGUCAAUGUGAGCAUCAGUUGGCCAAAUGGAAUCUCCAUCGACUACGACGAGGGUCUGCUAUAUUGGUGUGAUGCCCGUACAGACAAAAUUGAGCGCAUCAACCUGGAGACGGGAGAGAACAGGGAGCUUGUACUGGCGAACAACAACAUGGACAUGUUUGCUGUGUCUGUUUUUGAGGAAUACAUCUACUGGAGCGACAGAACUCAUGCCAAUGGCUCCAUUAAGAGAGGCAGCAAAGAUAAUGCUACAGAUGCCGUGCAGCUCAGGACUGGCAUUGGUGUGCAGCUGAAAGACAUCAAGGUUUUCAACAGAGCCAGGCAGCAAGGAACCAACGUCUGCCAAGACAAUGGCGGCUGUGAACAGCUGUGUCUGUACCGUGGCAACAACCAGCGCACCUGUGCCUGCGCUCAUGGCAUGCUUGCAGAGGACAACCGCAGUUGUCGUGACUAUGAUGGAUACCUGCUGUACUCAGAGCGUACUAUCCUGAAGAGCAUCCACCUGUCAGAUGAGACAAAUCUCAACGCCCCAAUCAAGCCUUUCGAGGAUCCUGAACACAUGAGGAAUGUCAUCGCCCUCAGCUUUGACUAUCACGGCGGGGGAGGGAAGGGAGCCAACCGCAUUUUCUUCAGCGACAUCCACUUUGGCAACAUCCAACAGAUCAAUGACGACGGCACAGACCGCAAGAUUGUGGUUGACAAUGUAGGGUCAGUUGAGGGCUUGGCUUACCAUAGAGGUUGGGAUACUCUCUACUGGACGAGUUACACAACCUCAACAAUCACUCGCCACACAGUGGACCAGAGCCGCAUCGUGGCCUAUAACCGGGACACUGUGGUCACUAUGUCUGGAGAAGACCACCCCAGAGCCUUUGUGCUGGAUGAGUGUCAGGAUCUAAUGUUCUGGACCAACUGGAAUGAGCAGGCUCCCAGCAUCAUGAGGGCUUCUCUGAAUGGAGCCAAUGUGCUCAUAAUCAUCGGCAGUGACAUCAGAACUCCCAACGGCCUGGCUAUAGAUCACCGAGCAGAAAAACUCUACUUCUCUGAUGCCACACUGGACAAGAUUGAACGCUGUGAAUAUGAUGGAAGCAGCCGUUAUGUUCUGUUAAAGAAUGAGCCGGUGCAUCCAUUUGGCCUGGCUGUAUAUGGAGACUACAUCUUCUGGACUGACUGGGUGAGGAGAGCUGUCCUCAGAGCAGACAAAUACACAGGAGGAGACAUGAAGGUGCUGCGGGCUGACAUCCCUCAGCAGCCAAUGGGAAUUAUUGCCGUGGCUAAUGACACCAACAGCUGCGAGUUUUCUCCUUGCCGAAUUAAUAACGGAGGAUGCCAAGACCUGUGUCUGCCCACAUCUGAUGGGCGUGUCAACUGCAGUUGCCGUGGAGACAGACAACUUCUGGAGGACAAUACCUGCUCCUCUCUCAACAUGUCAUGCGGAAGUGUGGAUGACUUCGAGUGUGGAAAUGGGGAUUGUAUCAACUACAGCUUGACCUGUGAUGGCAUGGCCCACUGCAAGGACAAAUCUGAUGAAAAGCAGUCAUACUGUGCUAACCGACUUUGCAAGAAAGGCUACAGACGCUGCAUGAAUGGCCGCUGUAUCGGACACCAGUUCUGGUGUGAUGGGACGGACGACUGUGGUGAUCACUCAGAUGAGCUGCCAUGCAACAUGACGCUGUGUACACCAGGAGAGUUCCAGUGUAAAGAUGGAAGCUGUAUUUCCAACUACAGCCGCUGUGACCAGGUUGUCAACUGUGAAGAUGCUAGUGAUGAAAUGAACUGCCAACCCACUGAUUGCUCCCGUUUCUUCCGCCUGGGAGUCAAAGGAGCGUCCUUCCUGAGCUGUGAGAAGACGACUCUGUGUUAUCUAUCUUCAUGGGUGUGUGAUGGUAACAAUGACUGUGGAGACUUUUCAGAUGAGAGAAACUGCCCAGAUAAGAGGAAGCUCAAAUGUCCAGUCAACUUCUUUGCUUGUCCCAGUGGGCGCUGUAUUCCUAUGAGCUGGACCUGUGAUAAGGAGAAUGACUGUGAGAACGGAGCAGAUGAGACACACUGCGACAAAUUUUGCACAUCCACCCAGUUUGAAUGCGCAAACCACCGCUGCAUUUCCAGCCACUGGGUGUGUGAUGGCUCUGAUGACUGUGGUGAUGGUUCAGAUGAGGACCAGAAAUGCAAAUCCAAGACUUGCAGCCCUGAGGCUUUCCAGUGUCCUGGCUCACACAUGUGUGUGCCUCAGCGAUGGAAGUGUGAUGGAGACAAGGAUUGUCCUGAUGGAGCAGAUGAGAGUGUCAAGGCUGGCUGCAUGUACACGAACAGCACUUGUGACGACAAUGAGUUCAUGUGCCAGAACAGACAAUGUAUCCCCAAGCACUUUGUUUGUGAUCAUGACAUCGAUUGCUCAGAUGGUUCGGAUGAAUCCCUAGAAUGUGAGUACCCAACAUGUGGUCCUGAUGAGUUCCGCUGUUCAAAUGGCCGCUGCCUCAACCAGAAGAAAUGGGAGUGUGACGGAGAGUUUGACUGUCAGGAUCGCUCAGAUGAGGCUCCCAAAAACCCACGCUGCACUGACUCAGAGAGGAUUUGCAACGAUUCAGCCUUCAUGUGCCAUAAUGGGAAGUGUUUGAAUGAGACUCUGCUAUGCGAUCGAAAUGAUGACUGCGGCGACGGCUCUGAUGAGCUCAACUGUUUUAUCAACGAGUGUCUCAACAGUAAGCUGAGCGGCUGCUCUCAGCUCUGUGAUGACCUAAAGAUUGGCUUCAAGUGCAGGUGUCACCCUGGUUUCCAGCUUAAGCGAGACGGGAAGACGUGUGUGGAUAUAGACGAGUGCACAACCACCUACCCUUGUUCUCAGCGCUGCAUCAACACGCACGGCAGCUUCCACUGUCUCUGCGUGGACGGCUUUGAAAUCAGCCCCAAUGACCCAACCAUCUGCAAGUCCACAUCAGAGGAGGAGCCAUACUUGAUCUUUGCUAACCGGUAUUACCUGAGGAAACUUAACCUGGAUGGUUCCAACUACACUCUCAUAAAACAGGGUUUAAAUAAUGCAGUAGCCUUGGACUUCCACUAUUCAGAGCAGAUGAUCUACUGGACAGAUGUGACCACUCAGGGCAGCAUGAUCCGACGCAUGCGUAUGAAUGGCAGCAACAUGGAGGUUUUACAUCGGACCUCCUUGAGUAACCCAGAUGGCUUGGCAGUGGAUUGGGUUGGUGGAAACUUGUACUGGUGUGAUAAAGGCCGGGACACCAUUGAGGUGUCAAAACUCAACGGAGCCUACCGCACGGUGCUGGUCAACAGCGGCCUGAGGGAACCUCGUGCUGUGGCUGUGGAUGUACGCUAUGGGUACCUGUAUUGGUCGGACUGGGGCGACAACCCUCACAUUGGCCGGAUCGGGAUGGACGGCACAAAUAGAAGUGUCAUUGUAGAGGAUAAGAUCACAUGGCCAAAUGGACUAACCCUGGACUUUAUCAAUGACCGUAUAUACUGGGCUGAUGCAAGAGAGGAUUAUAUUGAAUUUUCCAGCCUGGAUGGUAAAAACAGACACACAGUUCUCAGCCAGGACAUCCCCCACAUCUUUGCUAUGACUCUUUUUGAGGAGUACAUCUACUGGACAGACUGGGAGACAAAAUCCAUCAACAGAGCUCACAAGACGCUUGGCACCAACAAGUCCACCCUGAUCAGCACCCUACAUCGACCAAUGGACAUCCACAUUUACCAUCCAUAUCGACAGCCCGAGGUUCUCAACCACCCAUGCCAGACAAACAAUGGCGGUUGCAGCAACCUCUGCCUUCUCUCUCCUGGAGGAGGCUACAAGUGUGCUUGUCCCACCAACUUCUACCUGGCUAGUGAUCAGCGUACCUGCAUGUCCAACUGUACAGCGAGCCAGUUUGUGUGCAAGAAUGACAAGUGCAUUCCUUUCUGGUGGAAAUGUGACACCGAGGAUGACUGUGGUGACCGGUCAGACGAGCCUGAAGAUUGCCCUGAGUUCAAAUGCAGACCAGGGCAGUUUCAGUGUAGAACAGGCAUCUGCACCAACCCUGCAUACAUCUGUGAUGGAGACAAUGACUGCCAGGACAACUCAGAUGAAGCAAACUGCGAUAUUCACGUAUGCCUUCCAAGUCAGUUCAAAUGUUCCCAUCCGAGCCGCUGCAUCCCCGGCAUCUUCCGCUGUAACGGUCAGGACAACUGCGGAGAAGGAGAAGAUGAGAGAGACUGUCCUGAGGUCACAUGUGCGCCAACACAGUUCCAGUGUGCCAUCACCAAACGCUGCAUACCUCGUGUCUGGGUGUGCGACAGGGAUAAUGAUUGUGUGGACGGCUCUGAUGAGCCCGCCAACUGCACCCAGAUGACGUGCGGUGUUGACGAGUUCAGAUGUAAAGACUCUGGGCGCUGUAUCCCUGCUCGCUGGAAGUGUGAUGGAGAGGACGACUGUGGUGACGCAUCAGAUGAACCAAAAGAGGAGUGUGCUGAGAGGACAUGUGAGCCAUACCAAUUCAGGUGUAAAAACAACCGCUGUGUGCCGGGUCGCUGGCAGUGCGACUAUGACAAUGACUGUGGAGACAACUCAGAUGAAGACAAGUGUCAGCCUCGACAGUGUUCAGAGAGCGAGUUUGCGUGCACAAACGGUCGCUGUAUCGCUGGGAGGUGGAAGUGUGAUGGCGACCAUGACUGUGCUGAUGGAUCUGAUGAGCAUGGCUGUGAUCUGAAGUGUGACAACGACCAGUUCCAGUGUAAGAAUGGACACUGUAUCCCCAUCCGCUGGAGGUGUGAUGCUGACCCUGACUGCAUGGACGGCAGUGAUGAGGAGAACUGUGGCAGUGCAGCUGGGCGUACCUGCCCUCUGGAUGAGUUCCAGUGUAACAACACUUUGUGCAAACCUCUUGCCUGGAAGUGUGAUGGAGAGGACGACUGCGGGGACAACUCAGACGAGAACCCUGAAGAGUGCAGGAGGUUCCAGUGUCCACCUACAAGAGCUUUCCGAUGCCAAAACGACCGUGUGUGUCUGCAAGUGUCAAAGAGGUGUGACGGUGUCAACAACUGUGGUGACAACUCAGAUGAAUUAAACUGCCAGGCCUCUCCAGCUGUUCCUACUUGUGAGAAGGAUGAAUAUCUGUGUGCAAAUGGCCGUUGCAUCAGCUCCAACCUGCGCUGCAACUUCUUCAAUGACUGUGAGGACUAUGGGUCUGAUGAGAUCGACUGCAAGACAGACUCCAAACUGAGCGACUGCAGGAGUAACAGGACUCAUUGUGGGGAUGGAGAUGAGGCCCACUGCGUCAUAAAUGGCACAGACUCUUUCUGCUCCUGCAAACCAGGCUUCCAAAAGACAGGACACCGCACCUGUGGAGAUAAGAAUGAGUGUCUGCAGUUUGGUUUGUGCUCACACAUCUGCAACAACACCAAAGGCUCCUACAAGUGCAGCUGCAACAAGUACUUCACCAGGAUCAAUGACACCUGCAAAGCUGACAGCAUGAACAGCAGCCGACAGAUCCUGUACAUCGCAGAUGACAAUGAAAUCCGCAGCUUAGACCCUGGCAUGCCCAACUGGCGCUAUGAGCAGACCUUUCAAGGAGAUGCCAGCGUCCGUAUUGAUGCUAUGGACCUACACGUCAAGACCAACCGCAUCUUUUGGACUAACUGGCACACAGGGCGCAUCUCUUCCUAUGACCUUCCAGGCCAGUCCACAUCACUGUCCUCUCAUCGUAACCGGCGAUCGAGUGAAGGCAGGAUCACCAACCUACAGAUCAAAGAGCUAAAGAUGCCUCGUGGGAUAGCUGUGGACUGGGUGGCUGGUAACCUCUACUGGACUGACUCUGGUCGGGAUGUGAUAGAAGUUGCUCAGAUGUCAGGCCAGCAUUGCAAGACCCUUAUCUCUGGCAUGAUAGAUGAGCCCUACGCCAUUGUAGUGGAUCCUCAGAGAGGGACCAUGUAUUGGGCAGACUGGGGUAACCACCCUAAAAUUGAGACUGCUUCCAUGGACGGCACCCUGAGACAGACUCUUGUUCAUGAGAACAUCCAGUGGCCUACAGGUUUGGCUGUGGACUACUUCAACGAGCGUCUUUACUGGGCUGAUGCCAAACUCUCAGUGAUUGGCAGCGUCCGUCUGGAUGGCUCUGAUCCUGUCAUUGCUGUCUCUGGCAUCAAAAACAAUCUGCUCCAUCCAUUCAGCAUAGAUAUAUUUGAGGACCAUAUUUAUGGGGUCACGUAUAUUAAUAAUAUAGUAUUCCGGGUAAACAAGUUUGGAAAGGGCCCUGUGGAAAAUCUCACCACCGGCAUCAACCACGCUAGUGACAUCGUCCUGUACCACCGUUACAAACAGCCAGAGAUGACUAACCCAUGUGACAGGAAGAAGUGUGAGUGGCUGUGUCUGCUCAGCCCCAGUGGACCUGUAUGCACCUGCCCUAACAACUAUGUGGCGAACAAUGGCACAUGUGCAGAGAGACCCACCCCGACCCAGUCACCGUUUUCUCCCCCUUCUGGGCCCUGCGAUAUUCAAUGUCAGAACGGUGGAAGCUGCUUCCUCAAUGCCCAUCAGGUGGCAAAGUGUCGCUGCCAGCCCAGCUACACUGGAGAGAGGUGUGAGAUCAAUCUGUGCAGGGACUACUGCAAGAAUGGAGGCAUAUGCACAGCUUCUCACACAGGUUCUCCAACCUGCAGAUGUCCAAAGGGCUUCACAGGGCCAAACUGUGACCGUCAAACUUGUCAAGACUACUGCCUGAAUGGAGGCAACUGCACGGUCAACUUUGGCAACCAGCCAACCUGCAGCUGCCCCUCAGAGUACAGUGGAGACCAGUGCCAAUACAGUAAAUGUGAAGGCUUCUGUCAUAACGGAGGAACCUGCUUACAAACCUCCAAUGGCACCCAAGUCUGUCAGUGCUCCUCUCAGUACAUCGGGCAUCAGUGUGAGCUUGAUAAAUGCCAGUUCUGUGGGACGGGCAAAUGUUUGACGUCACCCUCAAGCAAGGUGUCCUGCAUCUGUCCCAAUGGUCAGACCCAGCCCAGCUGCUACACCUGUCUGGACUACUGCGCACACGGACAAUGUUCAGUGAACACUCGUACAUUGCUGCCUCAGUGCAAGUGUCCUGUGGGCUGGAAAGGACACAGAUGUGACAUUGUAGCAGAAACUGUGGACUCAUCUACUUCCAGUGGAAGUACUGCCUCAGUUGUUAUUCCGGUGCUCCUGCUGCUGGUGCUGGCACUGCUGGCAGUCGGCGCCAUCCUGUGGUACAAACGGAGAAUGCGCGGUGCAAAGGGCUUCCAGCACCAUCGAAUGACCAAUGGUGCCAUGAAUGUUGAAAUUGGAAAUCCUGCAUACAAGAUCUAUGAGGGCGACCCUGAUGAUGACGCUGGGGAGCUCCUGGAUUCAGACUUUGCUUUGGACCCAGACAAGCCCACCAACUUCACCAACCCUGUGUAUGCCACCUUGUACAUGGGCGCCCACAACAGCCGCAACUCUCUGGCCAGCACAGAUGAAAAGAAGGAGCUUCUCUCACAGGGCGACGAGGACAUGAGUGACCCGCUGGCGUAGAUGUCAGCAUGGAGUGAACUCUGCCGACGUUGCCCUGUCCAGUGCUAAGCUGACGAGCGCUCUCAUCUUAUGCCUUUACCAACAGAAAAGCAAAGCAACAGAAAAAAACAAGCGAGAACACUGUACAAAAUGUAUAAAAUGAAGGACUACUUUUUUAAGUGAUUGCAGUAUUAUAUUUUGUUCUUUGACAACAAAAAAAGAUCCUGGUGACGAAAAAGGAACCAUUUUAUAGACAUUUUAUUCAGUUCUUUUUAAUUUCGCUCACCUCCUCCUCCUCACACUCUCCCUCCCCUCUGUCACGCAUAUAGCCACUACCUCUGUGCAGAUGUAAAAGAUAGAGAUACAAAUGGCAGUGGAACAGUUUUAAUUUUUUUUUUAUUUUUGUAUGAAUUGUAUAGGAUAAAAAACAGAAUCUUGUUCCAUCCUAGAAAAGUUGCCAAGUCCUUGUUGUUGAAGAAAGAGAGGAAUCAGUGCUCACUAUUAAUGCUUCCCGGAUGGGCUCAGUGUUUCACGUUGUGCGUUAACGUAUGCUUGCUGCUGGAGGUCUGGAGCGAGAUUGGAGAAAUGAGGAGUUCUUAAACUGCACAUGUACACGUGGAGGACUCAGCAUAGCAGACUGUGUGUGCUCUGUUGUCUCAAACUACAUUCAAGUGAUUGUCUUUUAUCUCCUUGCACAGACUAAAGUUAUAUAUUUGCAUAUAUAUAAAACUAUUAACAAAGUGUCUUGAAAAUAUACCCAGGAAAACAAACACCAGUAACAAAUAGCAGUCUGUACUUUUUAACAGUUUUUUUAAGUCAUUGUAUAAAUGACGUACUUUGUGUCAGCAAUGAAUGAAUAAAUGGCGGUGUGUGAGAGCGCUGGAUGGAGAUGAUUGUAAAACAUUCCAGGAUUAAGCGCCUGGGAUGGAGAUCCGUGGCCUUGGUUUACUGCAGGACAUGUUGUCCUCAGAUCGCUCUGAAACUGCUCUGGAAAGUUCUUUUGGAGGAGUAACAGCAGACUUCUGUGAAUUUACAGUCUUCACUAAAAAUUACCAAGACAAAUAUUUAGCUAAAAAGGUUGCAUUUAGCUUUUGUUGCUCAUCUUUUGAUUGUAAAUGUACUUUCAGGAAAGGCCAGGAAGACCAUGUGAUGGUACGUUCUUCUGUGGGAGAUUGAGUUUUUUUAUUUUUUAGUCAUGGACAUGCCAUUUUAGCCUAUGCUCCUUGUUAAGUGGGUUCCUGAUUAUCAUUCCUUCCUUCGCCUUGCUGCUAACGCUCGCCAUCUGUCUGUCCUGCAGACAGAUUUCAAGUCUUAACAGUGUUUCUCACCAUGCUGCUUUUAACAGAGCUGAGCAUUAGCCAUACUUGCCACAUCACUGCGUGGUGCUCAUAGACAUCCUAAAGAAAACUCCCUGGCUUUUCCCCCUUUGAUUCUUAACAGUAUUCACCCCUCUUUAUUUUUUUACAUCCUGCUUCAUCAGAUUUUCAACAAACCAUGUCAAGUAGGAAAAUCAUUUUUCAGUUGGAGAAUUUCUUUUGGUGGCAAAAAGUGGUUCUGAUUGUUUUGUUAUGAUUCUAUUUCUUUUUGAUAUAAGAAAUUAAAUGGAUUUUUAUAGUAGAAA